AUGGUAGAGCGCCACAAGCCCGUCGUCGCUGCACACCGGGGGGGCGGCUAUCCGUUUGGACCCGAGAACACGCUUUACAGCUAUCGCCGGUCGGUGUAUGAGUGCGGAGCGCACAUACUCGAGAUCGACGUUCGCUUGACCAAGGACAAGCAACUGGUCCUGGUGCACGACGCCCAUCUCGAUCGCACGACCAACGGCCAGGGAUUGGUCGGCGAAUACACGCUCGAAGAGCUGAAGAAGCUCGACGCCCGAGCCAAGUUCCGCAAGCGCAACACUCCCAUCCAGCCGCUUACGGACGGCUCCAUGGACGAUCCCCGACUGUUCCAGAUUCCGACGCUCGAGGAGGUCUUUGACGAAUUCGCCGGCUGCGCGGACGUCACCUUCUUCCUCGACAUGAAGGACACCGGCGCCGUCGCGCAGACGAUCGAGCUCAUCAAAGAGCGCAAGCUCGAGAACAGGAUUAUUUUUGGGUCGGUGGCGCCUGGCCCGAAUCAAGCGGUGCGGCGACUCAAGCCCGAGGGCAUCCCUGUGGGGCCGGACGUGGUGUCCGUGCUCUUCAUGAACCUUCUGUCGAGGCUGCGCCUGUUCUGGCUCUACCCGCACAAGCACGAAGUUGUGGGCAUCAUCCACUCCGCCUCCCUGUCCGCCUUCAUACCCCCACGAGGCAUCAAGGGCAAGCUUCUGGGACUGGCAGAGUACGUGCUGUUGGGCGGUGGCGGCCGGCUCGUCAAUGAACGACUGGUCCGCGACGUGCGGCACUCGGGUCGUAUGUUUGCCGUCUUUGGCGUGGAGAUGAGCGACCCUGUCCUGAUCAGAGAGUGCUUGGACAUGGGGGUGGAGAUCAUCUUCUCGGACUCGCCCGACAUCGCGCGGGACACCAUCAACAAAUGGAAGCGCGAGCGUCAACCGAGCCAGUCACGGUGA